AGAUUACAAGGAUUAAUAUUAUAAUAUAUGAGAUAAGGAAGUAUUGACGAGGACGUAUUGAACGCGUAUUUACUUGUGUAAUGAUAACAUUUCAAUAAUUCCUCGUAAUAAUGUAGAUCGUUACUUUCGUCGAGGUCCCGCGUAUUUCGAAAGGUCAUCAUGUCAUCGGACGAAUAAUAUGUGUGAGUUUUAAUAGCUAAAGACCCCCACAGACAGCAAGUUGCUUUCGUUGCGCAAAGAACGAUUGGUGGGUCAAGUUAUCGCGCGUUAUUGGUCUUCUCGUCGCUCUCAUCGUCGACGUGCCUUGAUAGUAGUCGCGCGGACGCACUCGUGAUUUUCGGUCCCGCUGCGACCACCUGUGGAACCCUGCGUUUCGUUUGAAAGAUAGCGCGCUAAGAGUCUCGUGAAUGAUUAAAUAGAUACUUCGUAAUCUAAAAGCAGAUAAUUAUAAAUAAUUAAGGCUGCAAUUGUGUGUGCAUGUGAAGUGUUUCUAUCGUGCAAUUGUAAAGCAACGAAAUGCAGCAUACAGUUCUUGUGAUUGGAAGCGGUGGUAGGGAACACGUCAUAUGUUGGAAACUGUCUCAGUCGCCACAUGUGAAAGAAAUUCUGGUUGCUCCUGGAAAUGCCGGUAUCAAACUGGUGGAUAAAGUGCGACUGAUUGAUAUUAAUGUGAAGGAAACUAAGGAAGUGGCCAAAUGGAGCAAGGAUAAUAAUAUUGAUCUUGUGGUUGUCGGGCCAGAAGAUCCUUUGUCCCAAGGUUUGGCGAAUGAUCUGAGGGAUGUGGGAGUCAAAUGUUUCGGACCACAGAAAGAAGCGGCCCAAAUUGAGGCCGAUAAAGACUGGGCAAAGCAGUUUAUGGAUAGACACGGUAUACCUACCGCUAGAUGGCAAGGUUUCACAUCAGCUGUGGAUGCAAAGAAGUUUGUUAAGACCGCUCCGUUUAAGGCACUUGUGGUGAAGGCAUCUGGUCUGGCCGCCGGUAAAGGUGUCGUUGUGGCCAAGAACCAGCAGGAAGCUUGCCAAGCGAUAGACGAGAUAUUAACUGACAGGAAAUUCGGAGCUGCUGGUGACACCGUUGUUGUGGAGGAACUUUUGGAAGGCGAGGAAGUGUCUGUACUCGCGUUUACGGAUGGGAGGACUGUGGUGCCUAUGAUGCCUGCGCAAGAUCACAAGAGGAUUUUCAACGGAGACACCGGGCCGAACACCGGUGGAAUGGGCGCUUACUGCCCGUGUCCGCUGUUGAGUAAAGAUGACUAUGAACGUGUGAAAGUAAAUGUUCUCCAGAAGGCUGUCGAUGGACUUAGGGAGGAAAACAUUCCGUUCGUUGGUGUUUUGUACGCUGGUUUGAUGUUGACUGAGGACGGUCCGAAAGUCCUCGAAUUCAAUUGCAGAUUCGGAGAUCCCGAGACCGAAGUGGUGUUACCGUUACUGACAUCGGACCUGUUCACAAUCAUGAAGGCUUGUUGUGAGGGAGCUUUGGACGCCUCUCGCGUCUCGUGGAGGGAAGAUGUGUUCGCUGUCGGUGUGAUUCUGGCGUCUCGCGGCUACCCGGCGUCGUCGUCCAAGGGUCAAGUUAUAACCGGCAUCGAUGAAGUAUCGAGUAGGCAGGACCACUUCGUCUUCCAUUGCGGAACGGCCGUUUCAGCGGGCGAUUUAGUGACUAAUGGUGGGAGAGUUCUCAUCACUGUGAGCGUCGCGCCGACCUUGGCGUUGACGGCAGCCAGAGCGACGCAAGCUGCGCAACACGUAUCCUUCGACGGGAAGCAAUUCAGGACGGACAUCGCGCACAAAGGGAUCGCUAGAUCUAUCUUGCAGAAAGGGCGGUUGACAUACCAAAGCAGCGGCGUAAGCAUAGACGCCGGCGACGACCUCGUGUCGGCCAUCAAACCAGCCACUUCUUCCACCAAGCGUCCCGGUACUUUUGGAUCUAUCGGCGGUUUCGGCGGCCUGUUCGACGUGAAAGCCGCGGGUUACAAGGAUCCCAUUCUGGUGUCUGGCACCGACGGCGUCGGUACUAAAUUAAAGAUAGCGUUCGAAUGUAAUAAACACGACACAGUGGGCGUAGACUUGGUGGCCAUGUGCGUGAACGACAUCCUCGCGCACAACGCCGAGCCGUUGUUCUUCUUGGACUACUUCGCGUGCGGCAAACUCGAUGUCGGAGUAGCCACGACAGUCGUGAACGGAAUAAGCGAGGGUUGCAAGCUGGCAGGCUGUUCCUUGAUCGGUGGAGAAACGGCCGAGAUGCCGGACAUGUAUUCCGAAGGGGAAUACGAUUUGGCAGGUUUCGCAGUGGGUGCAGUCGAAAGGGGCAGUUUGCUGCCACGUGUGAACGACAUAAAAGAAGGCGACAUUGUGAUCGGUCUUCCGUCCAGCGGCGUGCACAGCAACGGCUUCAGUUUGGUCCGGAAAGUACUGAGAAUCACCGAUAAGAAGCUCUCCGACGUAGCACCUUUCUCCAUGGAGAACAGAACUAUCGGUGAAGAAUUACUGAUACCAACGAAAAUUUACGUAAAAAGCGUCAUUUCGGCUUUACGGACCAAUCUGGCGAAGGGAUUCGCCCACAUCACUGGCGGAGGUCUCACAGAAAAUAUUCCACGAAUUCUGCCAGAGAACUUGGGUGUAACGUUAGACGCGACUAAGUGGAAUAUUCCGCCAAUUUUCAGCUGGCUGGCCGCGGCUGGCGGAAUCAAUAAAUACGAAAUGUUGAGGACAUUUAACUGUGGAAUCGGUGGCGUUUUAGUGUGCGCCGAAAAGGACAAACUCGAAAUCCUAAAUAAACUGAAAGCGGAAAGUCCUGUGAUUAUUGGAAGCGUGAAUACGCAUCUCAGUGGCCGCUCUAAGGUGGAAGUGAAGAACUUGGAGAAAGUUCUCGAGUUGGAGAUGAAACAAUAUGUUCCUAACUUGGUCGCAACGUUGAGCAAACCCGUCAAGAAAGUGGGCGUCUUGAUAUCCGGUAGCGGGACGAAUCUGCAAUCGUUAAUUAACGCUACGCAGGAUCCGUCUCAGCGUGUAGGAGCGGAAAUUGUCCUGGUGAUUUCCAACAAGCAAGGCGUCGAGGGACUUAAACGUGCUGAGAGAGCCGGCAUUAAGACAGUGGUAAUUAAACACACCGAUUAUCCCAGUCGUGAAGCCUUCGACUCGGUCAUGACCGCGGAACUUCAUGCCGCUGGAGUGGAAAUAAUAUGCCUCGCUGGUUUUAUGCGGAUUCUCUCGGAGAAGUUUGUCAAACACUGGAAAGGAGCUUUGUUAAAUAUUCACCCGUCGCUUCUGCCGUCUUUCAAAGGUGCGAACGCGCACAAGGACGUUUUGGCGGCGCGUGUGCGCGUGUCGGGUUGCACCGUUCACUUCGUUGAGGUUGACAUUGAUGCGGGAGCUAUCAUCGAGCAAGAAGCGGUACCCGUGUUACCAGACGAUACUGAAAAGGUCCUGCAGGAACGCGUGAAAACUGCGGAACACCGAACUUAUCCUCGCGCUUUGAAACACCUGGCGACCGGGCGUAUAAAAUUAAAGGAAGACGGUACGCUCCACUGGAACUUCUAAGUCAUACGUGUGUGCGCGUGCGGUGAAGAAAAAUUCGUAAAAGAUAAAAAUUACAUUUUUACUUGAUUA